GUCAACUGUUUUGGUCACGUGGUCACUAAGUAUGUAUAUGUUUUGUGCCUCAGAAAGUGUAUGUUUUAAUGUUUUGUGAUUUUUCCGAAUGAUAUGAAUUUUUGUUAGGAAAAAAAAUAGACUCAAUCCUAAUUUGAGACGAAAUGGCUAAAGUAGAUAUGGAAUUGAAAAGAGCCUUUGCAGAGCUUCAACAAAAACAGGUGGAGACAGCUCAGAAAUUAAGGAUAGCCGAUAUGCAAAUCGAAAACUCGAAAAGGCAAAAACUAUUAGCUGCUAUUACAGAAAGGGAAAUAAGUACUCUGGACGAGGGGACGAGAAUGUACGAAUCUAUUGGCAGAAUGUUCUUUUUAACGCCAGCGAGUAAGGUGAAGGAAAAUCUGCAGGCAAAGCAAACAUCGGCAGAUGAGAAAAUCAAAGUGCACGAGAACAACAAAGUUUACCUGGAAACGUCUCUGAAGGAAGCCGCGAAUAAUCUACGUGAAUUAGUACAGUUAAAGAAAGACUCGUAGUGUUUACAUUUUGAAUUCGAAUAAAGACAUUUUAUAAAACAUGUGAUUAAUAUAAUAAAACAUACCAACUUGAUUUUCUACGAAUGCGACUCUGGUUGGUUAAGAAUAAAUGGUGGAUUUUGAAGUGUUA